AUGGCGACGUACACAGAGAACGACAGAGGCCACGGUGAAAACAAUACAACUGAUCAUUUCAGAGAUCAGUUUAAGAGGUACAAACGGCGACGACCUCCGCCAGACUUGUCAGAUGUUAUUGAUUUCGACAGGGCCAACGAUUUUGAGAGCCAGGUAGAAGAUUUUAAGCUGACAGAGCCAACAGGAUUUGAGAAGGUUCCAGAGGGCCUUAUAGAUGUCCGACUGUGGAAAGCUUAUCAACUCCGAUCCAAUCCAGGGUUUCUAUUUAUAUCAAACCCAUUCAUGCAAGGUAGUCAGAGGUAUUGGGUGAGACGAUGUUUGCGAGACUACCCUGUCAAACCCAACUACACAAACCUGGACAUUCACCUGACUUUAACUGAAGAGGAUAACAUCUGGAAGGAUGACAGCCUGGAGAGCUCCAAUCCUUUCCCCAAAGGUAGCCUGCUGUCCCAUCUACGCUGGGCGACUUUAGGGUAUCACUAUGAGUGGAACAACAGGGUAUAUUUUGAGGACAAGGUGUCAGAGUUCCCAUCAGAUUUGUCCCACCUGACCAGGUAUGUGGCAGCGGCUCUGGGCUACCCUUGUUUCUGUCCCCAGUCGGGGAUUGUCAACUUCUACAACAUGGAGUCCACAUUAUGCGGCCAUACUGACCACUCAGAGUAUGACAAGAGGGCACCCCUGAUUUCCUACAGUUUUGGCCAGAGUGCCAUCUUCCUGAUUGGUGGAGUGACAAAGGAGGUGUGUCCUGUAGCCCUCUACCUGAGGAGUGGUGACAUCUGUGUAAUGAUGGAGGAAGCCAGGUUAGCGUACCACGCUGUGCCCCGAAUCCUAUCAGCGGAGGCUCAUCGUUUCACACAGGCUUUCCACUUGCCUGAUACCCGCAGUGAGUCAGCUGGAGCCACAAAACACGGGGCAUUGAAAGGAAAAACUGAGUCUAGAUUCCCCUCAGAUCCAGUAGUAGAUUCAAACUGUGACAAGGAAGGCCUGAACAACUCUGAAGUUCAUUCUAACUCCGAUAAGAAUUCUGAAAAGCACGACUUUAGCUCAUCUGUGAAACGGGACGAUUGGGAGCGGUAUGAACACUACAUGAAAUCAUCUCGUAUUAAUGUCAAUGUCAGACAAGUACUUCAACAUGGACAGACUUUCCCAAAGCAGGAGGUAGAAACAGAACCGAUAUCAAGAUAACGUAAAGAUUUAAUAACUAAUAAACCUAUAGCUGACUGUGAUCAUGUAUAGAGGAAGGUCAAAGGUGGAUAAGUUCAAGGUCUCUGCACUGGACACCGGUGACACUUGACAGUGAAGUGGCUGUGUAGAUUUCAGCUAUGACUGUAUAGCCCGAGAUACUGACACUAGGUGGUUGCCUCCAGAAUUCAUUUUAAACACUGAUUCUGGCAGGAUUCGUACAAACAAAGUUUUUUUUUUGUUUUGUGAUGUUUUAGAUGUCUUAACAAAAGUAUUUUUUAAAACCACAUACUCUCUCUUAGCAGAAAAUUUACUUGGAUUUGUCUUAAUUCUAAUAAUAGAUAUAGUAUUAGUUUGGUGCAUUUUGGCAGGUUUUACCAGCAAUUCUAAGCAGAGUAACUGAUUAAAAUAAUCAGUAUUUCAUUUGAAAUAUACUUUGACUUUGUCAUUUUUUUUAUUAUCCUUGAUGUAGAUGGUUCUCCCUACGGCCUGCGUUAAAGAUUUAUCCCUUUUGGAAGAGGUGGUCCAAAG